UAAAAGGAGAUUCAAACCCUUCUAUUCUGGCAGUGGGGGCACGACAUCUUUCAGCUUUCUUCCAGGAGCGACUCUCACAGGGGAGCCGAUUUCUUCUCGGCUCUGACCACCACAGCCCUCAGUAAUUAUAGCAGCGUCUGAAUUCUGAGCUAAAAACAGAAGUGCAGCAUGUGCCUAUUCCCCAUGUGAUUCAGAAAGCAGGAAAUUGAAAGAGCCUGACUGAGAGGAGAGGGAGCGCAGAGCAAUAGACACAUCCAAUAUUUGUCUGAAAGCUGCUACGCCCGGGACGCAGGAGCUGUCAUCUGCCGGCGCUGAUUCUGCGUGCAGCCCGAGCCGAGCCCCGCUGCGCGCACCGGGGGCGAGGGCGGCGGGCGGCGGGGACGGAGCUGGGCUGGCCGCUCCCCAGGGUAAACAGUGCGGGGCGAGAGGGAGCGCGGCGCCUUCGUGCUCCGAGCAGCAGGCGGCUGGAUGCGGGCUGCCCCGGACCUCCGGCGGGUCUAGCUGUGCCCGGCUCGAUGAACAAAACCGGGAGCUCCGGAGGAUCUCCUGCCUGUGGAUAUAAAUAGGGAUAGGCGAUCGGGAUGCGCUAGCUUUCUCCGCCGGCGCCGCAGCUCCUCCGUGCUCCUCGCCGCCGCUGGGACAGGGCGAUGGACAUGAACAUGAAGAAGUUCACAGUGCGCCGCUUCUUCUCGGUCUAUCUCCGCAAGAAGUCUCGGUCAAAGAGCUCGAGCCUAAGUAGAUUUGAGGAAGAAGGUAUCGUGAAGGAAAUAGACAUCAGUCAUCAUGUCAAGGAAGGUUUUGAAAAAGCAGAUCCUUCUCAGUUUGAACUGUUGAAAGUAUUAGGACAAGGUUCAUAUGGAAAGGUAUUUCUAGUCAGGAAGAUAAAAGGAUCUGAUGCAGGCCAGCUUUAUGCCAUGAAGGUACUUAAGAAGGCAACGCUGAAAGUUCGGGAUCGGGUACGAUCUAAAAUGGAGAGAGAUAUUUUGGCAGAAGUGAACCAUCCUUUCAUAGUCAAGCUUCAUUAUGCAUUUCAAACAGAGGGAAAGUUGUAUCUAAUACUAGAUUUCCUGCGGGGAGGGGACCUUUUCACCAGACUCUCCAAAGAGGUGAUGUUUACAGAAGAGGAUGUCAAGUUCUACUUAGCUGAGCUGGCCUUGGCAUUAGACCACCUCCAUGGUCUUGGAAUUAUUUACAGGGAUCUAAAACCAGAAAACAUUCUUCUUGAUGAAGAGGGUCACAUUAAGAUAACAGAUUUUGGUCUGAGUAAAGAAGCCAUCGACCAUGACAAGAGAGCGUACUCGUUCUGCGGGACAAUAGAGUACAUGGCCCCAGAGGUGGUCAACCGGCGGGGACACACGCAGAGUGCCGACUGGUGGUCCUUCGGCGUGCUCAUGUUUGAGAUGCUGACGGGAUCAUUACCCUUCCAGGGAAAAGACAGAAAGGAGACAAUGGCACUCAUUCUCAAAGCCAAGCUGGGAAUGCCACAGUUCUUGAGCAUAGAAGCCCAGAGCCUGCUGCGAGCCCUCUUCAAAAGGAACCCCUCCAACAGAUUAGGUGCUGGAUUUGAUGGAGUGGAAGAAAUUAAACGUCACCCUUUCUUUGUUACUAUAGACUGGAAUAAACUGUACAGAAAAGAAAUCAAGCCGCCUUUCAAGCCCGCAGUGGGGCGGCCAGAAGACACCUUUCAUUUUGAUCCAGAGUUCACAUCUCGGACCCCCACAGAUUCCCCAGGUGUUCCUCCAAGUGCCAAUGCUCAUCAUCUUUUCAGAGGGUUCAGCUUUGUUGCCUCUAACUUGGUGCAGGAGCCUGCACAGCAAGAUGUGCACAAAAUCACCGUUCACCCAAUUGUGCAGCAGUUACAUGGCAACAACAUUCAUUUUACUGAUGGAUACGAGAUCAAGGAGGACAUAGGAAUUGGCUCCUAUUCAGUGUGCAAAAGAUGUGUUCAUAAAGCUACAGAAACAGAGUUUGCAGUGAAGAUAAUUGAUAAGAGCAAGAGAGACCCCUCUGAAGAAAUUGAGAUACUUUUGCGGUAUGGACAGCAUCCAAACAUCAUUACUCUUAAAGAUGUCUAUGAUGAUGGGAAAUUUGUGUACCUGGUGAUGGAGCUGAUGCGGGGAGGCGAGCUGCUGGACCGCAUCCUUCGGCAGAAGUGUUUCUCAGAGCGGGAGGCCAGCGCUGUGCUGUGCACCAUCACCAGGACCGUGGACUACCUACACUCUCAGGGCGUGGUGCACCGAGAUCUCAAGCCAAGUAAUAUCCUCUACAUGGAUGAGUCAGGAAACCCAGACUCUAUCAGGAUCUGUGACUUUGGGUUUGCCAAGCAACUCAGAGCGGAGAACGGGCUGCUCAUGACUCCCUGCUACACAGCCAACUUUGUCGCUCCUGAGGUCCUUAAACGCCAAGGUUAUGAUGCAGCCUGUGACAUUUGGAGCUUGGGGAUCCUGCUGUACACCAUGUUGGCAGGAUUCACUCCUUUUGCAAAUGGACCAGAUGACACCCCAGAGGAGAUUCUGGCCAGGAUUGGCAGUGGCAAAUAUGCUCUUACAGGAGGAAACUGGGAUUCAGUAUCUGAUACUGCAAAGGACAUUGUGUCUAAGAUGCUUCAUGUAGACCCUCAUCAGCGCCUCACAGCAGUCCAAGUCCUGAGACAUCCAUGGAUAGUGAACAGGGAGUACCUGUCUCAAAACCAACUCAGCAGACAGGAUGUUCACCUGGUCAAGGGUGCAAUGGCAGCCACUUACUUUGCUUUAAACCGAGCACCUCAGGCACCAAGGUUGGAGCCUGUAUUGUCAUCCAAUCUGGCUCAGCGGCGAGGCAUGAAGAGACUUACCUCUACCAGAUUGUAGCAGUACCCCCAAAAAGGCCUCCUUGAAAACCCACUGUUUAUUAUUUGAAAAAUUCAUCUUUACUUGGCUAGCAGAACUUUCUUGGACAACCUGCACAUGAAAUUGCCAGAACUAGCAGAAACCCACGUAAGGCAAAGUUCUCAUUUGCUACAUCUUCUCUUUUACAUUCCAGCCAGGGUCCUGAGUUUAACAACUUCACAAAGAUGUGCCAGUUUUGCCAGUAGCUCUGUUUCUUUACUGAGAUAAAGCCAAACAAAAUAGGCGAGCUCCAUCCUUUCCACCCUAGGAAAACUAUUUUUGAGUCCGUAAGAUGUUCCAUGGGAACAGUUUUCAUUUUGUUUCUCAAGAAAAGCACUUUUUGCUACGAAGAACGCAGUCGGGUUAGAAUGCCGUUCCAGCAUGUGUCAUGAUGAAGUGACUUGGCUGGUCACCAGUAGACAUCUACUGAUCUCCACUCACCCCAGCAAGAGUGAAGGCUGCAGAGACACGAGUAACACCUUAUUUGAAACAAGUGCUAUACAUCAUGAGGUAGAGGGAGCUGGUGGUAGUGGUGGAAAUACCUUCUGUUUUUGAGGAAUCUUUUGCACUUUGCCCCUGCCUUCUCUGGAAUGAAGCUAGCACCUCUCAAGGAGAGUGUGCCACCAGCUCUGACUUGCUCAAAAGUCUCAGAGAGCAAAAAAUCUCUGAAGAACUUGGUCUUCUGAGGAAAAGAAUGGGUCUUAUGGGACUGUGGGAAGGCAUUCACAUAAAGCAGGGUGAGUAGGAGCCUGUGGAUCAGGCAAGAGAAAGGUGUCUGGUCUAGGCAAGCAAGCAGGUCUGGGGAAUCAAACAUAGGCAGGGAAAGGCGUGAGUGGCUUUGAGGACAAUAGGCAAAAUAAUUCAAAGGCAAUUAGUGUGCAAGUGGCUGGGGGUCAGUGAUUCCCUCUCAAAGCAGGGGACAGUCCCUCUUCAAUGGCUGGUGCAGAAGACAGUGGGCGGGUGGGCUCCCAGGGGCCAAGUGGGUCUGUGCAGCCAUCCUCCCACACCAUCACCCAGACUGCUCACCAACACUCCAGAGUGCCACACUGGAGCAGGAGAGGCCAUUUCUAGUCAUUGCUCCCUGCCCUCCCCUGGCUGUUGACCCAAAUCUGCCUCCAUCACCCAACAUUUCAUGUCCCUGCCUGGGUGUUCUGCUCUAGCAGAGCUAAACUCCCCGUGCCACAUGUGUGCAGAGAGUACCCACUUCUGAAGAGUUCAGCCAACUCUGUUACAAGCUUUAAUAAUAAUAGGUUAUGAGGAGAAAUGGGAGGAUGCUCUGCUUUUAUAUUUAUAUGAAUAUGUACAUGUGUAUUUAUAUACAUAUAAAACAAAAAUUCUAUGCCCUAAUACCUGGAUUUUCCAGGUUCAGGGAAAGAAAACUUUUGUUGAAAUGGUCUCUGCAAAAUGGACUUUUUUCUCAUUCCCUGGUUUUGAAGAAUGCAAGCAAGGUUUGUGGUGCCAGAUGUGAACUAUUUUUUUAUUCUUUUUCUUACCCAUCUUGGCUUAUUGGUGGUCACAAGCUGACCAGGAUUCUUCUUUGUACUGCUUUUGUUAAUUUUUGUUUUCUGAGUGAAUUUUGUCACCUCAGAUGCUUCGUGGGAAAAGCUACUGUGCUGUGUUGGCUUUUUUCUGUUGUGACAGGGGAGAAAAAAAAAAAAAAGAAAAGAAAAAUGUGAACAUGGAGCUUCAUAUGCUAGACAUGGUAAUGUUUGCUUGCUGGGUAGUUUGUGCAUCUUGGUGCUGAACUGGAAUUACCAGAUCACUGCCUCAGAGUGUCCAAGGGGUUUCAUUUGCUAUAGUAAUAUUCUUCCUAAAACUAUCUCUGCUUCAAAGUUGACUGAAGUUUGUUUGCAUUAGUCUAUUUUUAAAUUUAAAUUUAUUCUUAAUAAUUUAAACUAAUAUUUAAUGUUCAAGUUUAUGUGCUGUGCACACAGGAUCACUGCAAAGCAGCUCUCCUUGAAGCCCUUUUCUUUUCUAAAAUAAACAAUGCUGUGAAACUUCACACAGAGGCUGAAUUGGCUGGGACUGAUGAGUGCAAACGCACAGGUGGGUGUCUGUGCUUCUGUACACAGCAGCCCACAUUCUCUCCUCUGGCAAAGCUGUGCUCAGUGUCAGCUUUUUGCUGCCUUUAGAAUUUUCUGCUUGUUAGAAGUUAAAUCUCACACGUUUCUGCUAACAGCACACCAUGAGGAUAUCCACCUGCAGGGUUAUCCUGGCUGGUGCAGAACAGCUCUGGCCAGGCCUUGUUUCCCUUCAAGUGACUUCUCUCCUGGCACAAGGCAAGGUGGGCAUAAGGAUGCAUAGGGCAGCCUGGAGGGAGGGCUGGAUUUUCUGAGGUCCCAGCUGAUAUGUGCUGUUUUAACAAAAUGGUUUUUUAAUGGUUUGAGUAAUUGUAUUGUAUUGUAUAUGAACGGAAAGACUGUUGAAAAUACUAUGUACAGUUUUUGUCUCCCUCUGGGAUUUCCUGGUCAUCUUGCAUUGCUCCAGUUUUCUUUCUCCCACAACCACUGGAAAAAGUCUAAUUCCCUCUAGAUAUACUCAGUCUUAAAUCUUUGAGCAUUUUUUUUCAACUGAAUAUUAUUGUAGGCCAAGCUUACAGGAUGUUGCUCUUCCCAAAGUUUAAGGGUUUGAAUCUCUUCCCAACUUACCUCUUUCUAACCCACCAACUGUUAACAUAGAGACACAUACAGACCCUUGCAUCUUAAUGCUCAUUAAUUACUUUAUAAGCCUAUAAAUAACUAUAAGCCCAUACACAUAGUGGGCUUUGUUUAUUAAGGUUUUAUUUCCAGUGCAUCCAUAUGUGUCUGUAUGUAAACACGUGCACAAAAAAGGUGCUGUCCCAGCUUGUCCAAAUAAGGGUAGAAGUGUAGCCAGAAGCUGAGGUGAUACUUGGAGAGUUUUGUCUGCAGUGUUCUUUGAAAUCUGUCAUUGAUAACAGUUUUGGGUGUAGAAAAAAAGGCUGUGCCCAUACACACCAUCCAGCCUCUCCUCUGUCCCAGAUGUGUGCCCCCAUGCACUUCCAAGGGGAAGUCCUCUGCAGUCCUGCCAUGGGAUGUACUCUUCUGAGGGUUUUUUGACCUGUUCCAGUCAAGGGAACCCAAUUAAACCUUUUCCGCUGUCAGUUUUGCUGUUCCAACUCACUUGGACUGAAAUACAAGAGCUUCCAUCAGCAAAUCCAAGGGAGGCAGAAAGGGAGGAAUAUGCCACUGGAAGUCAUUAUUGCAGACUGAUAGCACCCACCACUUCCCCUGGCGCAGCUGGAUCCAGGAGAGGAUGCUAAGUUGUGGCCUAAUUACUGCAAUGGCUGCUUUUACACCAGCAUCUCCUUUCUGGACUCCUGGCCA